AUGGCAAAGAAACUCACACUCCUUUUGCUAGCCAUCUUGUUACUUCAACAAGCCAGCUCCGGAGAAAGUCGGUCCAUAACAAACGACUUGCCGUUGAGCAUGGUCUCCGAUGGAGUACUCGAAAAAGCUCCGAAACCAAAUUCCAUUUGGCUGCCGGGCCGCUUGUUCUCUUCAGAUAGUUGUGACCAGACAUACGGGUUCUUGCCAUGCACAACCACAGUUUUGGGAAAUACUUUCCUGAUCAUCGUUUAUGGCUACUUGAUGUUUCUAUCAGCCAAGCUGUUGUCUAAUGGAAGUGAGAUUCUGCUGCAGAUUUUAGGGCCUGGUAUCGUUGGUGGUUUCUUCCUGCCUCUUUUGGGCUCUAUACCUGAUGCCACCAUUAUUCUUGCGUCUGGACUUUCUGGAGACACAGAAACGGCUCAAAGUCAGGUCUCUGUGGGAAUGGGCUUGCUAGCUGGAUCAAAUGUUAUGCUUCUAACAAUUCUAUGGGGCACCUGUCUCCUAGUUGGCAAAUGUGACCUUGAAAAUUCAGUUGCAGUUGAUCAAAAAGAUGAAAAACGAUUUAGCUUGACUGGAUCUGGAGUGAGCACAGAUAUUUGGACAAGCUAUGCUGCAAGGAUCAUGGUUUUCUCUAUUAUUCCUUUUGUAAUUGUCCAAUUACCCCAAGUUUUUCACACAACUUCUGACAGUCGCUUAGCAAUUCUGAUUUCGCUCAUCGUCGCCAUCUCCUUCGUGAUUGCUUAUAGCCUCUAUCAGGUCUUUCAGCCAUGGAUUCAGAAGAGAAAACUUGCAUUAUCAAAGCAUAAGCAUGUGAUGUCAGAAAUUCUAAUACAGUUGAAAACAAAUGCGCUGGGAAGACUUCUUACAAAUGACGGUGAUCCUAACAAAGUGGUUAUAGAAAAGAUCUUGGCCUUCUCUACCACAUUCCCAAUUGAUUUUGGGUUAGAUGCUCACAUUCUAAUAGAUAAUGCUUCUUCAAACCUACCUAGGUUGUUCAAGACACUUGAUCAGGAUUCGGAUGGUUAUCUAAGUACCGCAGACUUAAGAUCUCUGAUUAUAGGAAUCCAGUUCGACGAUAUAGACAUAAACAUCGAUGAAGCAAUUUCACAAGUGAUGAGAGAUUUUGAUACAUCUCAUGACUCAAAGAUUGAUGUGGAUGAAUUUUUCAAAGGAAUCUCGAAAUGGAUCAACAAGGCUAAGCGUGUCGCAAUGAUGGAGCGUGGAAAGCUUCCACCAUCGAUGAAACUGUUAGAGGAUUUUGAUAAGAAAACAAAGAAAGAGCAGGAUCAGUUUAUGGAUCAAAUGGAUGAGGUUGUGGAGGAUGUUAAAAAUGUCAAGUGGCAUGCCUCCAAAGCAGUAGGGUUGCUGCUUCUGGGAACUAUAGUUGCUGCAGUGUUUGCUGAUCCUCUUGUUGAUGCUGUUGACGACUUCUCAACUGCUACGAGUAUCCCUUCAUUCUUCGUCUCAUUCGUCAUUCUACCUUUUGCUAGCUCCAGUGAGAUAGUCUCCACUCUAAUUUUCGUCAGCCGGAAAAAGCAGAGAACUGCUUCAUUGGCAUACUCUGAGAUAUAUGGCUCAGUGACAAUGAGCAACAUUCUUUCCCUGGCAGUUUUCUUGGGUCUGGUUUACAUUCGCAACUUGACGUGGAGCUUUUCCGCUGAAGUUCUCGUUAUUGUAGUUGUCUGCAUUCUAAUGGGUGCCAUUGCCAGUUUCCGAACCACCUUCCCCCUUUGGAUGUCUCUGGUUGCUAUGCUGCUUUAUCCACUUUCUCUGUUGCUGGUUUAUAUUCUUGACUACAUGUCUCUUGCUCUCUUGUAUCUUCUUGCACACCCCUGUCGAAUGGGGAAGGAGACAUUCUGUGCUGAGGUGAUGGUAAUGGGAGGAAACCAGGGGUAUGAGAAUGUUGAGGUGAGUAUGUCGUGGAAGUCUUAA